UCCUCCAAAAAGGAAACCAAAAGGAGCUAAGAAAAGAAAGGGCAGUGUAUGCCUGUGCGUGUGUGAGCGAAAGGAGCUCGGUGGCGGAAGAGGAGGGGACAAAGGAAGCCGGGGGAGGCUAAAGGAGGGAAGAAAGGCGCCAAUUUUUUGGAUCUCAGUCGGGGGCUCCGUCUGGUCUCUUCCUGCUUCGAUUCCGGCGAGAUGCCAACGGUUCGGUACCAGAUAAGGAACGAGUACGGGUUGGCGGAUCCGGAGCUCCACCGGACCGCCGACAAGGAUGAUCCCGAGGCCAUCCUCGAAGGGGUCGCCAUGGCCGGCCUCGUUGGCGUGCUGCGCCAGCUCGGAGAUCUCGCGGAGUUCGCUGCAGAAAUAUUUCGUGACUUGCAUGAAGAAGUAAUGGGAACUGCUGCUAGAGGGCAUGGAUUGAUGCUUCGUGUCCAGCAGCUUGAAGCAGAGUUGCCAUCAGUUGAAAAGGCUAUUUUCUCUCAGUCUAGUCAUUCAAAUUUUGCUUACAAUGAUGGUAUUGAUUGGCACUCUAGUAUUCAAAUGGAUCAAAACCUAAUCACUCAAGGAGAUAUGCCACGUUUUAUCUUGGACUCAUAUGAAGAAUGCCGUGGGCCACCUCGGUUAUUCACCCUGGAUAAGUUUGAUACUGCUGGUGCUGGAGCCUGCUUGAAAAGAUACUCGGAUCCAUCUUUCUUCAAGAUGGAACUAGUCUCCUCUGGCUUGGUAGAAACGGAGAUACCAAGAGAGAAAAAAUCUCGUAAGAUGAGGAAGAAGGGGUCAAACUGGAAAAAAGGUCAAACCCUCGAGUCUUUAUUGUCACCACUUGCAGAUUCCACUUCGCAGACAACAGUGUCUGAUCAGGUUUCCAGUAAAUCUGCCACCAGACUUGUGAGAUUGAGAUAUAGGAACUCAAAUAAUACUAAUGGAAGCAAAGGAUGUAACUUAAGAAAAUGUCUUCUUGCACUGCAUUCAGAUGAGCAGAAAGUUGUUUUGGACAAUAGUAGAAGACAUUCAAGCUUAAACGUAAAUUUAGUGGAUUCAGGUGAAUUGACUUCUGUAAUGCAUGACACCGUUAUGGAUGUAUCAGCAAACUAUCCAUUAGUUAGAGAUGUUAGUGCUACCGAGACCCCUACCAAAGAAGUGGUAAAGUUAACAUAUAAAUUUGAUCAUUGGAAGACUGGAACUGAAGAAUUUUCAGAAGCACUUCAUGGGCCACUUGGUGACAUGCAAAAUCCACAGAGAAACUUCAACUUUGUGGAGAACAAAGAAAAGUUUGCUGAUGCUGAAAAUAAAUCAGAAAGCAGUAACUGUGAUGGUGAGCUUAGUGAUACUGAGAAAACCACAUCAGUUCAGGUGGCAGAUCAUAAAUUAGGGGAUAUUGAACAUAUAUUAGAAGACAGUAACAAUGGCUAUAAGACUGAAGAUGGUGGUAGCGAGCAGGAGAAUUUCAUGGAUGCACUGAACAGCAUGGAACCAGAAGUAGAAACAGAUUCUGAAAAUAAAGAUAGACCAGAUCUUGGUGUUACACAAAAGGAAGCUUAUGAUAUGAAUUUUUACACCAGUGAAACGCUAGACGAGCUGCUGACUCAAUUUUCAAAACAGGAUAUGGCAGCAGUCUCUAUUGUGUCAAUAGGAUUGAACCAUAAUUUAAAGAGUGGAAUAUCAAGUAAUCUGUGUAAUUUAAGUGAGACACCAGCAACUCAAGAAAAAGAAAUCACCUCAAAUUCUUCUGCAAAUUCAGAAUAUCUUCUCGGUGAAACCAAUGAUGAAAGCUGUGAAGAGUGUUUGCCACAUGACGAGGUUGCCAACUCAUUUGAUAUGAUUUCUGAUGGAGCUAGCGAUAUAAAGUCAUUUGAUAAUCCCAUUUUGAGAUCAGAAAUCGGAGAGGAACCUUGCAAUUCUUGUGAUAUAAACUCAACUUCUAAUCUCAUUAGCACUGGUCCUCAACAAGGCUUUGAAACACUGCAAUUUGUUAAAGCUUACCACGUCGGCACUUCAGCUGAUCAUGAAGCACAGUUAGGAAGAGAUGAGACCAUCAAAUGCUCAGAUGGCUCACCUCAUUCUAAUAGGAGUGAUCCCGAGAUACAUCAGCCUCCAGAGCUUGUGGAAGAGCUGGUUUUAGAAGGCAUUACAGAGAUGCUUGACAUGCCUAACCGCCUUUCCUCUUCACCAGCUAGAACUUUACCCAUGGAAGAUCAUGGUAAUGAAGGUUCACCAUUUAUCACUGCACCGACAGAAAAAGAGACGCAGGAUUCAAUGGAUCAAGGAACCAAAUCUUUUGCCUUCAAAAAUGAUACAACAGCUAGUUUAGGUGGGAGGAGCAUCAUAACAACUGCCCCUCAUUUCGAUCCUGAUAUCAGCAUCAUACAACAUGAUGUUGCUUUAGACAUAAACAUUUGUCAGUAUCCUGAAGAAUCAACCAUAGAAACAUCUUCUGAUUAUUUGAAGGGAACUGACGGUGUAGAGUAUCCUGAAGAAUCAACCGUAGAAAUAUCUUCUGAAUAUGUGAAGGGAACUGACGAUGUGGUUCAAACUAUGAAUGGCCCAUCUAUUGGGAGUAAAGAUGACAUUAUUUCUGAAAACCCUUAUCCUCCGUGCAAUCCUGUUGAGCUAAUUUUAGAGGAGAUGGAAUCCGGAUCUGGCAUGUCUGAUUAUCUUUCUGAAUCAAAAUAUGAGAGCAGCCUUACAGAAGUUUUUGAGGGGCAUAUUGAAGUCGUGUCACAUCCUUCAAAUGCAAGUAUAGAGAAGUCACCACAGUUGACAGAUCAAGAUGCUGAAGUAUGUUCAACUGAAAGCACACCAAUUCUUAUUUCUGCUAUUGUCCCCAUCACUGAUAAAGAUUGCACUGAGAAAUUGGAAAAUAUUGAUGUUGAAAAUCUAGAAGUUGGUUGUGAGGACACUGAUGACAUGACAAAACAAAAUCUUGCAAUGCCUGAAAUACCACAACCUCAGUUGGAGCAUUUUUCGGGCACUGAGGAAACCCUACAAUCGCCCAAGGUGAAAUUAGCAGAACCUCAAGAGUCCCACAAGACGAACUCCACAGAGCAGGUGCCUUUGUGUUUUGAAAGUGAAACAUUUUUCGAUAGGGUCAUUAAUUAUCCUGUCCUUGUUGGCGAUGGUCUAAAAUUGGCUAAUGAGUAUAUUCAGGAAAACCUCCAAAGUGAUGUUCAAGGGUUUGAACAAAUUACUGAUGUCAAAGAUAUGUCAGCUGAAAAUUUUGCAUCUGAAGAUGAGACUAAUAGUUAUGAUUCUUCCCCGGUCUACACUAAAGAAUCAUCUGGCCUUCCACUACAGUUGGUAGAAGAUAGCAUUGAUUCUGCGGUCUCAUAUCAGCAUCAAAUGAAGACCCGUGAAACAUUUAAUCCGAAGAUGGCGAAAUCUCUAGAUUCCCAAAGCACUCCAGACAUGGCAGUUUUUUCAGGGGUAGAACAAUCAGCACAAGACCCUGUUGCUUCACAUGGAUUGCCUGUUGAAGAUUCAUCCGAUGCAAAUGAUGAUGGAUUGCAUGGUGACAUUUGUGAUAUGAUGCCAAAUGUGCAUGUCCAUGGGAAUCUGCAUCCUUUUGUCAAUGAUACAUGUCUAGAAUAUCCUGUAGAAAGCAAACAAGAUUUUGGUCCAAAAUAUUCAGCACAAGGUCAUCAUGAAAGUGCAAAACAAGAGAUGUCUUUAUCGGCCAACUUAUUGCUUGAUCAUGCAAGUGCAAGUUUACCUGAGGAGGCAUUUACCUUGCAAGCCAGUAAUGAAGUAGAAAUAGAAUCUUCACAUCAGAAGGGUGAAUAUUUUGAGCUUGACAUUCCUAUUAACUCUGUUGAUGUUGAUGAAGAACCAUCAGAAGGACCUGAACAAAAUCAUCAUGCCUUCAUGAGCAAUGUAAAGUAUGAUGAGUUGGACAUAACGCCAUCAAGCACAACCAUGACUGAAAAGCUGGGUUCAGCACUUGUUUCAUCGGAAUGCUGUUCUGAAAUUUCUGCAUGUCAAAUUGCUUCCAAUGUCUCAGAUAUGACGUUUUCACUCUCACCAAGCUCCGUUGUUUUCGUUACUGAAAGUACAUCAAGACUAUCCUCUGAGCCGCAGUCAGAUGAAUCAACUUCGUGCUUUCCUUCACAGAAUUCUGAAGAACCACCCCCACUUCCCCCACUCCCCCCUCUUCAAUGGAGAACUCAAAAGCUUCAAGUGAGCUCCUUAUUGCCAAAUGCAAAUUCAUCUGCGUCUUUGGCUGUAACAAACCCAUUUGUGACACCAUCAGACAUCAAGCCAGCAAACAAAUUUAUCACAUCACCAUCUGGUUUGUCUGAACUACCACCAAUUGUUGUUGAUCAGAGCCAUCAGUCUGAUGCUCAAUGUCUAGAGGGGAACCUUGUGCAUUCAUCAAAUUCAUUGUCAUUGAUAUCAUCAUCUUUAGUCUAUGAGAAGAAUAUGCAUGCUCCUGAUGCACAAGAGGUAUUAAGAUUACCUCUGGCAGAUUCAUUUAUUAGUCAGCUGUGGCCAGGUUCAGACUUGGAGAAAUUUCAUUAUUCUGAGCACAAUCACCUAAAAUUGGAAAAAGAAGUGAUCCAGCCUCAGAAUUUAUUUUUGUUUGAAUCUACUUUAGAAGAUUAUAACCAUCACCAUAAUUAUGGAGAUUUUGGAGGUGAAAGUGCACACCUUCUGAAGUCGUCAGAUCUCUCACUCUUUUCAAGAUUGGAGAUGCCUCAAUCUGGCUAUGUAUAUUCUUUGGAAGGGAGUCAUUCCACGCCAUUUGGUGUUGUACCUACAAGAGAAGAUGAAUGGCAUAGCAUUAAACCCCAUUCCAUACGUAAUCGCCCCCGAAAUCCACUGAUAGAAGCUGUUGCUGCCCAUGACAGAAGCACGUUAAGAAAGGUGCCGGAGCAAGCUAAGCCUUCAAAUGAGUCGAAGGCAGACAAAAAGGAUGCAGUGCUAGAGUCCAAUAUUUUGCAGUUGAGGAAGGUAUCAGAGCAUAUGAAGCCCUCCAAUAAACCUAAGGCAGAUGAGAGAGAUGAGUUACUGGAGCAGAUAAGAAACAAGUCGUUCAGUCUGAAACCAGCAGUCCUUUCAAAGACAAACAACAAGGGCCACUCAACAAAUAUUAAAGUUGCUGCCAUCUUAGAGAAGGCAAAUGCACUACGCCAGGCAAUGGUGGGAAGUGAUGAAGAAGAUGGUGGAGAUGGUUGGAGUGACUGCUGAGUACUAAUCAUCACCUGGAAAUUCUGGAGCUCUCCUAGCAUACAUCUCAAGCUAAAAUAUGCAAGAUGUGGUUGCACAAGAGCACGGUCUACAAAGUGGCAAGUCUGAUUAAAGCUGAAGUAGUGCAGCCGGGAAGCUCCAAUUUUAAUCAGUGCAUACCAUCAUGUGAAUAAUAUUCCCUUUGUUUUCUUCUUCUUUCUUCUUGUUCAAUCUGUAUUCUCCGUCUCCAGUUAGCUUCUCCUCCUCCUGUACCAGCUAAAGCGCUGCACGGGAGUAAAACAAACCGAGGUUGUGGUCUGUUCAAUUUCAAUUGGUGACAUGUAUUUUUUUUAUUAUGUAUGUAGGUUAUCCAAAGUAAAUCUAGGAAUUCUUGAUUGCUAUUAUAUUCUAGCAGAGUUCUUAUCACAA